UCUGAGGCCCCUGCCCAGCUGGAAACCACAGCAGCAGGGGAGAGGAGGGGAGAGGGGCCACCAUGGGGCCUCGGAGUCGAGUCAGGGCUGCCAAGUGCCAGAUGCUGGUCACCAGCUUCUUUGUCUUGCUGCUGGGCCUCUGUACGGCCACCGUGGCGGCUCUCACCUACUUUGGGGCCCACUUUGCUGUCAUCAGCCGCGCGUCCUUGGAGAGGAACCCGUACGAGAUCGUGCACUGCUGGGCCUUCUACGCAGGCAUGAGCCUGGCAGGCCUUCUGAGCCUGGGGGCCGUGCUGAGCGCCGCAGCCACCGUGCGGGAGGCCCAGGGCCUCAUGGCCGGGGCCUUCCUGAGCUUCGCCCUGGGCUUCUGCGUCCUGGUGCAGGUGGCCUUCUGGGGAUCCCGCAACCCCACCCAGGUGGAGGACGCCGCGCUGGACACCUACGACCUGGUGUAUGACCAGGUGGUGAAGACCGCGUCCCCCGUCCGGCAGCAGGAGCUAGCGGCCAUCCAGGACGCGUUCCUGUGCUGUGGGAAGAGAUCGCCUUUCAGCCGUCUGGGGCGCGCGGAGGCCGGCCUGUGUCAGGGAGAGGAGGCCGCAAGAGAGGACUGCCUGCAGGGCAUCCGGAGCCACCUGAGGCCUUACCAGAGUGUCCUCUCCACCCUGAGCGGCAUCGGCCUGGCCCUCACGGGGUGCGCCUUGCUGCUCAGCGCCUUCCUCUGGUUCGCCAUCCGCUCCGGCCGCAGCUUGGACCGCAAAGGCAAAUACUCCCUGGCCGCAAGAGCGUGUGGCUGCCAGCCCCAGGAGCCUGGCGUCUUCAGACAUUGCCGGGACGGACCCGCGCCGCGAGCCCCCUCUGGAGCAGAUGCUGUUGGUGACUCAGAGCCCCGCGGCGGCUCCUGGACAGCGGACUCGCCGCUCCCGCCCCUGUCCUGCCACCGCCCGCCCUCGGCCUGCCGUGAUCCUCACGGGCUUGGCGGCUCCCAGGCACCCUCGCUGGUGGGCUCGCAGUUCCCCGAGUCCAGCGGGUGGGCUGUGCCGCCGUCCGGGCUUCCAGGCUCACCCGCCGCCCGUGGCGGCCGGACUGGGGCCCCCCGCGCCCCGAGUGCUGCUGACGUCUUCCCCAGCGGGCGCCUGUGA